AUGGCUAGAAAGAGGACUAAAACUGCAACGGAGCCCCCAAAGGAGAUCAAAACGAGAGGCAAAUUCACCAGAGCCAACAAGUGUAUGAAAACGACUACUAAGAGAUUCCAUGAAUCUGGAAAACAUAAGAGUAAAAGAGAGGAGAAGGCUGCUUCAAAAUGCUCAGACGAGUCUCCUCCGUCUUCUCAAGUACAAAGGCCGAUAAAUACCAAAGACGGAGCUCAAGAAGUUGGACUCUCCGGAAAAAUGAAGUUGCAGCUCUUUCCUUUGGAUUCUCGUACCCGUGAAGGAUUAGAAAAGGACGGGUUUCACCCAUAUCUGGAGCUCACUCUUAGCUCAAGGAAGAAGGUUUCUUCUGUGCUUCAACACAUUCACGCUAAGUGGGGCAGCUCGGAGAUUGCUCGGGGAGAUCCCACGUUGUACCCAUAUGAUAAACCGGUACUCGCUUCUGGUGGUCACAAAUGGACAGCAAACAGCAAGAUCACCACAAACGAUGUCUACGUGGCCAUUGGAGCUCCUUCCCUUUUCCGCUUAAGGUAUGGAUGGUCCUCUGAGGCUUGUGAUAAAACAGAUGAACCGCCAUCUCCACCAACUCCGCGUAUCACUUGUUUUCCAAAUGAAGAGCCUCAAAACGUCAUUACUAACAAAACAGAGAUGUUUGGUUUAGAUAACCUGUCCUCUGAAAACGCACCUCCUGAUGGACCAGUCGAAUCAGCGGAGAAGAAGACAAACGAUGGAUCUGGCCCAACAUUUUUUUCAUGGGAUGAUGAUGGCUUAACGAGCUUAAGUAUUGGCGGCUUACUUUCAGAAGUAUCUUUGAAGGGAAGCUGCGGGAAUCAUUCUAAAAAUCCAAACUCAGGAGGGAACGCAAACGCAACUCUCUGGGAAGACAAUCUAACAAACAUAAGCAUUGGGGGUCUGUUUUCCGAGGCAUCUUUACAACACAGAUGCGGUAUUAACCGUGAGCAAGAGUCAACUCAUUGUAAUAAUAACGAUCAGCCAAAUGGAGGCUUACUUUCUCAAGCAUCAUCACUAGGAGAGGGGAGGAAAACAUGGGAGACAAGGAAAGCUGUCUCACAACAACAACCGUUACCUUUGAUCUCUGACUCAUCAUUAGAUGCUUUCUUCGUGAGCCAAACAGAACAGCCUCGAGCUCCUCCCGAGCUGUCACAUUCUUCGAUACUGGACGCAGAAGACACAUGCCAUGCAUUUUCAUUUCGGAAGCGUACUACAACCUCACAGAAGGUUCUUGAGCAGGUUAAACUUUUGCCAUGUUGUUUCAUUUCUCAGUACGCAUUUCUGAUUGGUUUAGAGUUUGCAACUCGGGAAUUUGAAUUUUGGCAGGUAAGUGAAGAAGCAGAAGAGAGAAAUGAAUCGAAACCCGCAAAAGGGUUGUUUGGUUCCACGGCGUUCAAUCAGGACAGCAGCCUUGGAUUUUCAGGAUUCAAGUGGGCUGACUCACGGGGACCAUUUGAUUUCGGUUUAUCCUCGUCAUCUCGAAAGUUUCCUAACGGAGACAGCGUAAGCUUCGGUGCUGUGGUAAAAGAUUUGCAGGAAAUGGAGCCUUUACAAGAGAAUGUAUUGCUUCCAAAGCAUUGA